AUGGGAGCGCGAAAGGCGGCGAAACGCUUACAGGGAAGCGGCUGCCGAGGGUUCCGCCACUAUGCCGAAGCAGUGAAGCGCCGGCUUGCGCGCCACGACUUCACGCCACCAUUCGAGCUCGACGAAGACCCCAAGAAACAGGACAAGCUAACGACAUGGAUCGAGUACCUCAAUUACGAGUAUUGGUGGCUUGACAAGCACACCRGCGACAUCGAACGCCUAGAGCCAGAGCACGACAAGCUGUGGCAGGAGCUCGUCGAUGAGAAUAUCCUAAGACCCCACGAGACAAAAGAGUUUGUGCAGACCGAUGCAUCUGGAAUGGAGCGCGAGACAGAAAAGGACCAAGCCAUGAAGGCCGUGCAGAGRAUAGARUCUAAAGCGAAACGAAUAUAUGUGUUGACUCAGGAAGACCCAAAACGUUUGCAUAUUCCCAAGGCAAAGCGAAUAGCGAUGUUGAAACAUGGCGCGGAGGAAUUGCUUGCCGCAAAGCGACGAUUGGAACAGGCUCGAAGACGAUCGCAUCUCAUUGUGCAAUUUGUUCGGGCCACAUUCGACUACGAUGAAGCGAAGAGAGAUGCUGCUCGUCACCGUAUCCUUGUGCAAUGGGUUCUGGACCAGGUUCCCCUGAUUGAGUCUGAGGUGAACCUGUCUAAAGCUUCAAGGCCUGGGUCUAAUGGAAGGACGAGGACAAAGAGGAGGCGAAAUGCCGAUGAAGGGUCCCCGGAGGGACAAAGCCCAAAAAGGGUGAGGUUUGACGUCCGGGAAUGCAGGUUGGCCAACACAAGGGUCCAGUCAAAAGCCACAGAGACGCAGGCAGAACCCGAACAUCCCGCCGCUAGCAGUUUGCCCCAGGAUGACGCUCAGGCAAUGCUUGGAGGACCCCGUCGCAGUCCACGUAUUGCGACGCGUCGAGACGUCUCCAGGAUAGCUGUUGAACCUAAAAUAUUCCAAUCAAGAUCACGCUCGAAAUCAGAAGCGACGGCUGUACAGCCAUUGAGGCCUCAUUCGCAGAUUCAGGACACGAAAGCGAGGAGACGGUCGCGAAGCAGCAAUCAGGGUGAUAUAGCUAAAUUUACAUGGUCGUCGCCGAGGCGUCGGCAGCGAAGGCGUAGCUGA